CAGAACUCCAGCCUGGGACAGUGACUGACCAAUCAGGGGGUCGGAAGAGACCCCGGAUGGACCUAGCCAGCUCCCUGCCCUUCUCCCUGCUCCUGCUACUGCUGCCGCUGUCUCCAUGCUUAGGAGCCACUCCUCAAAGUAUACAUGUGAAGAUGCUUGCAGUGGUCCAUGGUCUCCUGGGGAAAGAUGUACAACUCCCUUGUCACCUGGUGCCUAAGGGAGUGGAAGUCCAGGUGUCCCAGGUGACAUGGCUACGCCAAAACCAGACAAGUGGCACCAUGAGCAUAGCUGUCUACCACCCAACCCAUGGUGUUGGUUUCCCCAGCACAGGGCCUGGUGUGGAGCGCCUGGCAUUUGUCUCCCAAAGCCAGGAUCCAGGCUCAGAGUUCCACAAUGCCACCCUACUCAUUCGGGACCUGAGGGGUGAAGAUGAAGCCAAUUAUACCUGUGAAUUUGCCACCUUCCCUGGAGGGAAUGGCAAGGGCACCACGUUGCUUAGAGUGCUAGCUGAACCUAAGAGCCAUGCAGAGUCCUAUGAGGUGGCCUCAGGCCCCGAUCCCGUGACCAUGGCCAGCUGUGUCUCCAGUGGGGGCCGCCCACCCGCUCGCAUCUCCUGGUCUUCUCUGCUGGCUGGACAGAGCCAUGAGACCAGGACCGCAGAGCCAGGGUCUGACACCUUCACCGUCACCAGUCACCUAACCCAGGUUCCGAUGGCCCGAGCCAAUGGGGAGAAGGCCAUCUGUAAGGUGGAGCACGAGACCCUCAGGGAGCCUGCCCUGCUCUCCGUCACCUUGGCCGUGAGAUACUGCCCCGAGGUCUCCAUCUCAAGCCACGAUGAUGACUGGUAUGUUGGACGAACAGAAGCGUCCUUGAACUGCGAUGCCCAAAGCAACCCUGAGCCCACAUCCUAUAACUGGAGCACGAUCUCUGGCUCUCUCCCUUCAACAGCUGUAUCCCAAGGCGCCAUGCUCAUCUUCCACCCUGUGGACUGGUCAGUCAAUACCACCUUCAUCUGCCAAGUCACUAACGCUCUGGGCACAGGAUGGGCCAAUCGAACCAUCCAUGUCAAAGAGACGUCAUCCGCCAAGGAAUCCUCAGCAGCUUCAUUGUCCACAGGACAAGUGGUGGCCAUUGUGGUAGGAGUGAUCUCGGUCCUCUCCAUCCUGGGGGUUUUCCUGUGGAAAAGAAAGUCCCUGUGUCCAGGCCACCAGGACCGUUCAGCUAGCCAGGAAAUCUCCUAUACCUCAGUGGCCUGCACUACCAGUUCACCCCAGACUAACCCAAUAGAGAAUGGCAGAUGACCUCAGUCAAAAUGGCCAGCAGGUACUACUUCUAGAGGGAUGGAUCCCUCCCAGGAUCCUGGAAUUACCCCAGACCAGACAAGGAUCUUUGAAGGAGCCGCCUAGGUCAUCCCUCCCCUGACAUCCCCAUCCACAAUGCUUCGGGGCCCCCUAACUGAUGCCAUGGGGAAGGACAACUUGUUGGGACAUCAGCAUCAAGACCCUGUCCCCACACACCCUCUGAGGGACUACAUGAUCGUGCUCAAGGCCCUUCCUCUCUUGGCCUCAACUUCCCCAUCCAAAAGAAAGAAGGGCUCCAACUAACCAGUCCACAUGCAUUUAUUUAGCUCCUGUUGUAUGCACUAGGUGCUGUGCUGCUGCCUCUAUAAGAUCCUUCCCAACCCUAAAAAAAAAAAGCAUUCUUUGCCCUUUUCUCCAAAAUGGAUAGGCAACAUGAUAUGGUAAAAGAGUGCUUGCCCCGGAGGAGGAAGAUUUGGGUUCCCCACAUCCUGACUCUUCUUCAUCUAGCCCAGCGGUUCUCAACCUCUCACUUUGUAGCAAUGAGAAUACAUCAAUGCAUAUCAGGCAUUUACAUUCCGAAUCAUAACUGUAGCAAAAAUGACAGUUUGGAAGUAGCCACCAAAAUCAUUUUUUGGUUUGGGGUCACCCCAACAUGAGGAACUGUAUUUUGGGGUCACAGCAUUAGAAAGGCUGAGAACCACUGCUCUAGACCUUUGAGUAUUUUUAUUUUUGUAAUUAUAAAUAAUAAUUUGUGAUUUAAUUUAUUAUUAAAAUCUUCCUACAAUCCA